AUGUCAUCAUCAACAACAACAACUUCUCCGAAUCGUAAACGACCCAUAUCAUCAUCCAUUCGGUCAUCACCCUCACCACCAUCAGCAAAACGGCAUGGAUUAGCAAAUUCUCGACGUGCGAUCAAAGCAACGACAGAUCAAGCUAAUGAAAGGCACAGUCGAACGAAACGACAAUAUCGACAUGUAGAACAUCGAAAUUCAUCAUGGGAAUUCAGUCAAUCGUCUUCGAACUCGAAUCAUUCUCGGAAAUCUCCUACUGAUGAUCAAAAUGCAAAUGAAUUCUUCGAAAGUUCGAUAAAGCAUAGCAAAUCAAAAUCUGAUAUGCAAAUGGAUAUGCUCUAUACGAAAAAGGCCACAUCGUUAGCAUUAAUUAUGAAACCAUCAGCAAAAACGUAUCAUAGCGAUGAUGAAUACGAACAAAGUCAACAAAUAUCAACUCGAGUUUUAAAUAAAUCGACACCAGUCAUUGUUCCACCAUCGGUUAUGACGAUUGUGAAAAGCAAUUCGGAAUUGUCAAAGAAAUCUUUUCGUCAAGAUAAUGUUAUCAUUCAACAAUAUGAUACAAAUAGCAAUUCGAAUUCUUCAGCUAAAUUGGUAAAAUUAAUUGUCCCUCAAACUACGAAUUCUUCAUCACCAUCCAUCAAAAUGCUCUCCAGUGGCGAUGGUCUGGCAUCGGCUUUACGUAUUCCAACAAAAAUUCAAUUAACAAAACCUUUACUCGCCUCAUCAACUCGACCGGAAAAAUCCUCUUCACUAAUCUCAUCAACAAAUGUUCAUCAAGAUCAAUUAAUACUUUCACCAUCAUCAGCUACGAAUCUACUCGAUGUUCCCGAUCAGCAAUCAGUUCUUGGCGAUUAUCAUUCACCGGCAGCACUGCCACCUACUCCUCCACCUCCUGUUAUUGAUAAUACGAAUUCGAAUCUUCGAAAUGUGUCCGAUACAUUACGAAAGAGAUCAAAUAAAACUUCAACGAUGAAUACGAAAGCUGUUGAAAAAUCAGAUGAACCUAUCUCGGAUGAAGCAAUACUACCAAAACGUCAUUCAUCAACCUCAACUGAUUGGUCUGUUCCACCGACAAGCGAACUAUCUCCUACAUCUUUGACAUCUUCGUCGCCAGAUUUAACUCAAAACUAUUGUCCAACUGAUGAUUCUUUCGUUGAACUCGAUUCAUCGAUUAACAUCAAAGAUUCAGUCAAACGUCAAAGUCGUUCAUUAUCAACAUCAUAUUCAACCCUCCCCUCGUUUACUACGUCCUAUCUACAAUCCAAUGAUGAAACAUUCUUAAAACCAAACAAAUCAAAAUCAUUGACACGUCCGACGGCUAAUUCCGAUGGGCAAGUCAUGUUAAUUAAUAAAAAACGAUCUUUGCAAAAAUCGCCAACUUUGCAAGCGGGUUCAUCCCAAUGUAUAAAAAGACGACGACGUGCCAAUGAAACUCCUGUCAAAAGUCAUUACAAUGAAAAACUCUAUAAAUCGAAAACAAAACACUUCAAACUGGAAUUGAAUGAUGAAUUCGUCAUCAAAGAUCUCUUAUUUGAAAUGAUUGAACGAGUUGUUUCGACUAGUAAUGAUCAAGCGUUGAAAACUUUACUCAAUACAUCUAUUUCAAACAUAAAACAGAUAAUACCAAUAGUUCGAGUAUCCAAUCGUAAAACGACUUUUCUCCGAACGAACAAAAAAACGAAUUCAUCAAAACCCAAUGAAUCACGUUCGAAGGUUAUCACACAGCAAGAAUUAGACGAACAGGCUUAUCUACUCCACACGAAAGACCAACGUGGAAAUUAUGAACGAGUUACUAAUCCGGCCAAAGUCGAAGAACCAACUUUGUUAAUAUUUGUUGCAAUAACUCUUGUAAAAUCAACUCGACAAUCUGUUUUAGGAAUGCUUGAGAUGUGGUCUGAGAUGAGCGAACAAAAGAAGAAUAUUUAUUACAAACGAGUUAUUCAAUUAUAUAAAAAACCCAAUCGUGAUGUUGUCAUUACAUCAUCAAGUCUAGAAAAUCAUUCAUUCUUAUCGACUGAUUCAACUGAUAAUACCAAUUCAUCAACAUUAUCGAUCAGUUCGUUAUCUGUUGAUUUCAAACGACAAACAUCAACACCUUUAUCUUUUCAUUCGGUUCCUUCGUCGAUCAAUGAUGAUCAAUCAACAAUAUCUUCGAAUGAAAGCAGCUCUAAAACGAAUAUCUCAAGUGAUAUUGUCAAUGAAUUAAUCAAUGGUGCCAAAGGUUUAGAUAGAUUAUCGUCUUCGCCAACAGUUUUCAUCGAUUCGAUCCAAAAUUUCGUACGAUUACCAACGGACAAACAAAUUCAAACUGUUCGAAAUCUUGAACAACAACUUGAAAAAAAAUGUUCAACUCAAUUAAACCGUGCGAAUAUCUUUUGUACCCAGAAAAUCAAUUAUUUCGCCACGAAAUAUCAAAUCAGCUCGUCAAAUGAAUCUAAGAAUGAAUUAACUUUAAUCGUCAAAUAUUUCUACUUCUUUGUUUUAUCAUUGAACUGUCAGAAACAGGAAGGAAUUUUUCAAACUAUUUUAACUCAAAUUCUGAAUGGAAACUAUACAUCUAUUGAUGAAUCAUAUUGUUCACCAGUUUUAACAAGUGUUAUCGAAGAUCUCAUUCUCUGUUCGUCAUUAGCGAAUGAUUAUUUAGCUUCUCAGCCAAUGAUUAUGAACGAUGUGGAAUAUUCAUUACCAUGUGUACGAAAUUCGGAAUUAGAAAACGAAUUAACUCAUAUGAAUUUAUCAUCAGAUUUAUUCACAAAUGCAAAUGAUUUGCAAGAUUACUUAAAUCGUUGUGAAAAUGCAACUAUAAACAUUCCAUGUUAUUCUGUCCAACAGUCUCAGCAUUCGUCGAUGUAUUAUCCAACUUAUCAUUCCUCUUCUCAAUACUAUUAUCCACCAUCACAAUCAAACGAUAUGAAUAAUUAUUAUUAUAAUACCAAUCCUUCAACACCUUACCCACAUUCAUCACAAAUGUUUUCAUACAAUCAAUCAACAUCUUAUUAUCAUCCUGCAGAUACCUAUGCAAAUAAUAAUAAUAAUGAAAAAUUUAAAUACUAUUAUAAUCCUCAGCAAUCAACAUAUCCGUAUUCAUCACAAGUGAACAGUACUACUGACAUUCCAAUAUCAACGAAUUCUUCACUUCAUCGAUCGUAUCACCAGAUGAAUCCCAAUUUACAAAGAACGUUUAGUAAUUCUCAACAACCAACAACAUCUUCACCUGUGUUCGAUUCACCGUCAGUUGUUUCUCCACAAUCAAAACUAUUGAACACAAGAAAUCCAAAUUAUUCAUCCUAG